CGCGCCUGCUUUUCGCCUCCCUCCCCUUCUUCCCUCCCCUCCGGUCCGCUCCCUCCGCGGCACGCAGCGUGGCUGCUCGUUGGCUACUUAGAGCGGAAGCUCGGUUGGUGUCUCUCCAGAAGUUUCCCCCUCGGGCGGCGGCGAAGCUGGUAAUCUCCGUAGUAGCAGCUGCAGCAACACAACAUUGACUAGUAGAGAUGGCGGCGGCUGCAGCUGGACCUGCAACAGCCCAAACGUUUUGCCGGAGCUUCUCAGAUGCUCUGAUUGACGAGGACCCCCAGGCGGCCUUAGAGGAGCUGACUAAGGCCUUGGAACAGAAGCCGGAUGAUGCACAAUAUUAUUGUCAAAGAGCUUAUUGUCACAUCCUUCUUGGGAAUUACUGUGAUGCUGUUGCUGAUGCAAAGAAAUCUCUUGAAUUUAAUCCAAAUAAUCCCACUGCUAUGCUGAGAAAAGGGAUAUGUGAAUACCAUAAAAAAAACUAUGCUGCUGCUCUGGAAACAUUUACAGAAGGACAGAAAUUAGAUAGUGCAGAUACUGAUUUUAUUGUCUGGAUUAAAAGGUGUCAAGAAGCUCAGAAUGAGUCACAAUCAAUGGCGUCUGUAUCCCAGAGGACUCCUCAGUCAAAAAUCAAGUAUGACUGGUAUCAAACAGAAUCUCAAGUAAUCAUUACACUUAUGAUUAAGAAUGUUCAGAAGAAUGACGUAAAUGUGGAAUUUUCAGAAAAAAAGUUGUCUGCUUUGGUGAAACUUCCUGCUGAAGAGGAUUACAAUUUGAAUCUGAGACUUCUUCAUUCUAUAAUACCAGAACAGAGUACGUUUAAAGUACUUUCAACAAAGAUUGAAAUUAAAAUGAAAAAGUCAGAGGCUGUGAGAUGGGAAAAGCUCGAGGGAGAAGAAGAGCCUAAGCCAAAACAGUUCGUAGCAGAUGUAAAGAACCUAUAUCCAUCAUCAUCUCUUUAUACAAGAAAUUGGGAUAAAUUGGUUGGAGAAAUCAAGGAAGAAGAAAAGAAUGAGAAGUUGGAGGGAGAUGCAGCUUUAAACAAAUUAUUUCAGCAGAUCUAUUCAGAUGGUUCUGAUGAAGUGAAACGUGCCAUGAACAAAUCAUUUAUGGAGUCUGGUGGUACAGUUUUGAGUACCAACUGGUCUGAUGUAGGUAAAAGAAAAGUUGAAAUCAAUCCUCCUGAUGAUAUGGAAUGGAAAAAGUACUAAAUAAAUUAAUUUGCUAUUACUGUAUUGCAUAUAUUCAC